AUGGGGGAACUGGAUUUGGUUUGUGAUCGACUCGACGUACCUGUUCACAUGUGUACUUCGGUUGGAGAUUUGACAGUGGUUGAUCGAGUCUAUCGAUCCCGUUUAGUUACCUUUAUGGGUUAUGACACAUGGGAAAAGAAGCUUUAUGCCAAGUUUUAUAAGUGUGAGUUUUGGCUUGAUUCUAUGAUAUUCAUGAGCCACGUGGUGUUAAAAGAUGGGAUUAUGGUUUAUCCCAAGAAGAUUGAGGCUGUUAGAGAUUGGGCGAGGCCCACUUCAGUGGCUGAGAUUCGUAGCUUUGAGGUACCUUUCCAGUGGCCCGAUGCCCGUGAAGAGAGCUUUCAAAAUCUCAAGACCUUGUUGACUACAUCCCCAAUUUUGGCAUUACCCGUGGAGGUCAGGGUUUUAGCAUGUGUUAAGGUGAGGCCGUCUCUUUUGGAGCAGAUCAGGGCACAGCAGUUUGAUGAUGCUAAGUUGUGUAUGAUUCGUGAUAAAGUGUUGAGUGGUGAGGCCAAGGAGGCCAUGCUUGAUGAUGAAGGGGUCUUAAGGAUCAAGGGACAUGUGUGCGUUUCUCAUGUGGGUGGUCUGAUUCACUUGAUAUUAGAGGAGGCUCAUAGCUCCAGAUAUUCUAUUCAUCCGCGUGAGAUCAAGAUAUAUCGUAAUUUGAGACAGCAUUACUAG